AUGCAGUGUCUCCUCCCUCGAGGGAUCCCGGGCCAGUUCCAGCGGCGCUGCUUUUCGUCUUCCGUGCCGCGUCACGAAAUCCGCGACGUGAGUGCUUUGCCGCAGCGUUUGAUUCCCAAAUACCAAGAAAACCAUGGUGAGCUUUUGUCUCUGCAAUGGCCGGCACCGCCACGGAAUGUCCUCCUCGUGCGGAAGGACUGCGCGCCCCCAGUGACCCAGUCGCUGGUGGAAUUUGUGAAUCACAUUACCUCUACGUACCCAUCCAUCGCCGUCAUCCUCGAGUCCAAGACUGCCGCCGAAGUCCACGAGUCACUCUCCCACCCGGUCUACUCGGCCUCAUUGGAAGACAAACCCACCGCAUUCCACGAUAAGGUCGAUCUAACCGUCACGCUGGGUGGAGAUGGGACCAUCUUGCACGCAGCCUCGCUGUUCGCUACAUGUUCCAAUGUCCCCCCGGUUCUGUCAUUUAGCAUGGGCACCCUGGGUUUCCUCAGCGAGUGGAAGUUUUCCGAGUUCAAACGCGCCUUUCGAGAGGUCUACAUGUCCGGUGCUGGCGCCGGAGAUCGCACACAGGUCCUCGAAAGUACCCGAUCGGAAUCAGAAAAUCAAGCCGGACUGGGAAGCCAGGAGUCAUCGCUCGGUCCGACCGGAUGGUCGUCUGUCCGAGGGCAAUCCAUGGGUGCAAGCCGUGGUGCCCCCAUUCUUAUGCGCAACCGACUCAAGGUCGGACUGUUUACGGCCGACGGCCAGGAAACGACGCCGAUCCGGGGAAAGACGGAUCACGGCCAAGGCGCGUAUGUGAUGAAUGAGCUGCUCAUCCAUCGCGGCAAAGAGCCCCAUCUAGCGGUGGUGGACAUCUUUGUGGGCGGCCGGUAUUUGACCGAGGCCGUCGUGGACGGAAUCAUCAUCUCGACGCCGACCGGAAGUACGGCAUACAGUCUGAGCAGUGGCGGCAGUAUUGUGCAUCCCCUGGUCCCAUCCAUCCUUCUAACCCCGAUCUGUGCAAGAAGUCUCAGCUUCCGGCCGCUAGUUCUCCCCUCCAGCACCCCGAUCACCUUACGCCUAAGCGAGAAGAACCGUGGCCGGGAGCUAGAGGUCAGCCUGGAUGGCGUCAACCUGGGCCGAGGCAUGGCGGUUGGCAUGGAGGCUCGUGUGUGGAAUGAGGAGAUGAGACAUGGCAAGAACGAGUGGCAGGGCGGCGUGCCUAGUGUCAUGCGUCGGAGUAUGGGGGGUGAAGCCCAUGCAGGAUGGGUGGGCGGUUUGAAUGGCCUGCUCAAGUUCAACUAUCCCUUCGGCGAAUGA